GAAAAUACAUAUAUUGGACAGAUUGGCAACGACGCUCUAUUGAACGUGUUGAUAAAGUGACAGGUGUGGUAAGAGAAAUUCUCAUAGAGCAACUUCCAGACCUUAUGGGUUUAAAAGCUGUUGCUGUAAAUGAAAUACAUGGAACUAACCCAUGUGCUGUUAAUAAUGGAAACUGUACUCAUCUGUGUUUAAAUAGACCUGGGAAUAAUUACACAUGCUCUUGUCCAAUUGGUUUAGAACUCACUAGUGAUAAUAUGACCUGCAUAGUUCCUGAAGCUUUUCUUCUUUUUUCCCGCAAAGAAAAUAUACGUAGUAUAUCUCUUGAAUCAAAUCGUGAUGAUGCUAUUCCUGUGUCUGGGGUUCAGGAAGCAAAUGCUUUGGAUUAUGAUAUCAGUGACAGUCGGAUAUAUUGGACAGAUACAAGUUUAAAGACUAUAAGCCGAGCUUUUAUGAAUGGUAGCUAUGUAGAACCAGUUGUAGAAUUUGGACUGACUUAUCCUGAAGGCAUGGCUGUGGAUUGGGUGGCUCGAAAUCUAUAUUGGACAGAUAUGGGAUCUAACCGUAUUGAAGUUUCCCGUUUAAAUGGUUCAUCUAGAAAAGUUUUACUAUGGCAAAAUAUGGAUGAUCCUAGGGCACUUGCUCUAGAUCCAUCAGAAGGUUAUAUGUAUUGGACUGACUGGGGUACUAGCGGCCGUAUAGAACGAGCAGCAAUGGAUGGAUCACACAGAAAAGUUCUUAUUGGCAAAUUAGGGAGGCCUAAUUCUCUAACUAUUGAUUAUGUAGAAAGAAGAUUAUAUUGGAUUGAUAUUAAUGCUUUGAAAAUUGACUCAUCUGACUUAGCAGGAAAUCACCGCCAGUCUAUCAUUGAUGAUAAUCUCUUUGAUCCAUAUGGUUUGACUCAGUAUCAAGAUUUUAUAUAUUGGACAGAUUGGAAAACAAGUACUAUUGAAAGAGCAAAUAAAACCAAUGGACUAAACAGAACAGUGAUUCAGAAAAAUUUAGAUCAUGUUAUGGAUAUUUUGGUUUAUCAUACUUCAAGGCAAUCUGGUUGGAAUCCAUGUGCUGUUAAUAAUGGAGGUUGCACUCACCUAUGUUUGGCUCUUCCCGUGUCAGCUCAACAUAAGAGUUAUACCCAUCGUUGUGGAUGUCCAACACAUUAUAGUUUAGCUUCUGAUAAUAAGACAUGUAUAUUCCCUCAACGUUUCAUGCUUUUCAGCCAGCGGAACAGUAUUAAUAGAUUCUUAGUAGACACUUUUGAUUCGCCUGAUAUUACUCUUCCAAUUCAUGGGAUAAAAAAUGUCAAGGCAAUUGAUUAUGACCCUGUUGAGAGUUUUGUCUAUUGGAUUGAUGGUCGCACAAAAACUGUGAGAAAAAGCCACAUCAAUGGAACUAAAGUUUCAGUUGUUGUACCCAACCCAAAUGAUAAUAUUCAUCCCUAUGAUAUUGCUGUUGAUUCAUUCUCCCGUGUGGUCUUUUGGUCUUGUUCUCAGCAUAAUACAAUAAAUGUGACAACAAUGAAAGGUUCUGCUGUUGGUACUGUGAUUGGAGAUGAAGAUGAUAGACCUCGAUAUUUAGCUCUUCACCCAGCUAAAGGAUUUUUAUUUUGGGUUAAUAUGAUUCAUCCACCUUUAAUUGAGAGAGCAAAUAUAGAUGGGCACAUGAGAAGAAUAUUGUUUUCAACUGAUCUGGAUAGACCUGUUUCUCUGACUGUAGAUGUUCUUGAUAAUUAUCUUUUUUGGGCCGAUGAAGGUCUCAAGAAGAUAGAGAGAUCAUCCUUUUCUGGGACUGAGAGGAAAGUGCUGUUGUCAGGUGAUAAUCUUCAUCCUCUAUCAUUGACUGUGCUUGAGAAGCAUAUAUAUUGGAUAGAUCAUGAACAACAAAUUAUUGAAAUGGCCAAUAAAGAAACUGGAGGCGACCGCCAGCGUAUUCAAGCUCGUAUGCCUCUGUUAACUAAUCUUUUGGCUGUAAAUUAUGUUGAUCCCGACCGUUACAGUAAUCAUCCAUGUUUUAAUAAAAAUGGAGGUUGUUCCCAUUUAUGUCUUACAACAGAAAACAAUAAAAAGCGUUGUUCAUGUCCUCUUGAAUUGGUCCUGUCCAGUGAUAGAAGCUCUUGCAUUGAUAUUCCAGUAUGUCCUCCUGGGAAGUUUCGAUGCUUUUCUGGAGUAACUUGCUUUCCAGAUAAUUGGAGAUGUGAUGGUAUUACUGAAUGUGAUGAUAUGUCAGAUGAAAUGAAUUGUGAUGAUUGCAAACCUCACCAGUUUAGGUGCCAAAAUGGUGAUUGCAUAGACAGCAAGUUGAAAUGUGAUGGUAUUCCUCAUUGCAAAGAUUUCAGUGACGAGCAGUGUUGCCAAAAAGAUCAGUUCCUAUGUUUAACUACUUAUGAAUGUAUAAGUAACACUCUGCUUUGUGAUUCAAAGAAAGACUGUGGCGAUGCUUCAGAUGAGAGUAAUCAUCACUGUAUGAGGUUUACAAGUCAGAGGCAUGCUGAAUCUGGAUCCGUGGCUACUUUGGUCCUUGUUAUUUGUCUUAUAUUUGCUUUUAUAGUUUUAGUAAUAGUGUGUUUAGUAAAAUAUAAUAUUUUUCCUUGUGGAAAAAAACCAGCCAAAGAUGAGGAUAUUAGACAUGAAAUGCUCCCUUCUAAAGAUUAUAAUAUUACCUUCAGUUCCAUGAGUGGCAGUCAACAAAGAGGUACAUCAUUUUGUGAGAGCACUAGCUGUGCCAUAAAUGGUGCUGGGCAAAGUUCAUUGAUGUUACCUAGUGGAAGCAGUGUAUACGAUCGUAAUCACGUGACAGGUGCUUCAUCAAGUUCUUCCAGCCGAACAUAUCCUUUAGAACUUAUUAACCCUCCUCCAAGUCCUGUGACUGUCUGUUCACAGUACAUUCCCAAUUCUUAUUCUCAACGUAAUUACAAACAUUACCGCUCUAGAAAUAAACCUCCACCACCUACACCGUGCAGUACUGAUGUCUGUGAUGAAAGUGAAGCAAAUUCAUAUGGAAAUCAUUACUGCAGCUCUGAAACUGAAAUGUCGAUUGUUUCUAAGCCUUUUAUUUCUCCUUCUCCAAUAUCAAGGGGUUUCUGUUUUUCUGAUGAAAAUAAUGAGCAUCUUUUGCCUUGUCCACAUCCUCCUCCCCCAUCGCCAGUGCCUGCAAGUUUAUAACAAGAUAGUUUAGUGGUUAUGCAUUUUUUUUACCAUAAGCAGAGUAAGACAGUGAAAAUUCAAAUUCUGUAUUUUAAUCAAAAGUUUUCAAAAAAGAAUUAUCUGAAAAAUGAAUGUUGCAUGAUAUGUACGACUUGUUGUUGUUUGUAUAUAUUUAAAUUUUCAUUCUGUGUAUAUAAUGAAUCAGUUCAUUUAUUGUUGCUCUGAUGUGAAUGCCUUUAAAUGCAAAUUUUAUAUUAACAUGGAAGUAGAGUUUUAAAAAACAACCUCAAGUGUAUAUAAAAGAAAACUAAAACUGUAUUGAGAAGAAAAAUAUUUUUAAUAAGAAAUGUUUUAUAUUUGUUAAUUGCAUAUUGUGGUACUUAAUUCAUUUACAUGCUUUUAUCAUCAGGCCAAUUUCUUUUCAUAACCAGUAAAAACAUGCAUAAAAAAUUAAAUGGCUCAAGCAAGUAGCUUUCUGUGCAUUUAAAAAAAGAGGGCGUUUUUUAGAUAUGCUUGUCACCUAUAUGUUUAGUACAUUUUGUAUCAGAUGUCUGGCAUUAUACUUAAAAUUUUGAAUGUUAUAUAAAGUGCAUUUAAAUUUUGUCAAAUUUAUUGAUUUUUAUUUUCUAAUAUGAUCAUGUAUAUUUAUUACAUUUACAUUUCGAUUGUCUUUCUAUACAUCUAGUUUAAGAUUAUCAUUUUAUUUUUCAUUUUCAUAAGUAUCUUGAAUUUUAUAAAUAUAGCAUUUUUUAUGUAACGCAUUCGUUUAAUUAAUUUUGUUUAUUAAAUUUUUGAUAUGUUCCAAAAAUUUUUUUGAAAAUGUUCAUGUGAAAGUUAUUUAUUUAUCAUUUUUUAACAUUGCAUAACUGAUAUAUACCUGCUAAUUCUCUUGGUUUUUCAUCAGAUUUCCUAGAAGAUCACAUUUCUGGGUUAUUAAUUGUUAGCCUUGGCUGAGAAAAAUGUAUUCCAGCAAUAAAUGAAAGUUUUUGAAUUAAAUUAGGAAAAUUCCAUAUCCCCACUUAUAGCUAUUUUCAGAACACUUAUUAAAUUUUAUUUCAUCUGAAUUUUUUCACUUCACCCGAGUUGUCUUAAUAUGUUGUCAAGAGAUUUAUAAAUUUUUAUAUGAAAGUUCAAGCAAUCUUCUAUCAGUUAAUGCCUGUAUUUAAUUUUAUUUUACUUCAAUAUAUAUAUAUUACAUUGCUUAGUUUCUCCACACAAAUACCAUAUACAUUAAUUAUUAAUUUUAUUUUCAUCUUGUUUAAAAGAACUUUGAAAACCUUCCUUCACUACUUUUGAUUUUUUCAGUAUAAAAGUUUAUAAAAAAAUUAAAUUAGCCAGACAACGUGAAAUUUAGAACAUCUAAUUAAAUGCUAAUAUAUUUUAAAUCAAAGUUGUGUUAUAAAUAGUUCAAUAACCUGAAUCAUGUAUUAAAAUGAAUUAAAACCAGUUAGAAGUUCCUUUGAAAUGGUGUCGGCGUGCAACAUAAAAUCAUCUUGUUUUCUCCAGAUCUUCUCUAAAAAAUAUUUUUCCCCCCCCCCCCCCCAGAUUUUAGGGGUUAAGAUCAGAUUUUAGGCAUUGAAGUUAAUAAGAUUUUUUUUUUUUUCAAGAAAAAGAUUUCUUCAGAUAAAACAUUUCCUUUUACCUACUAGCAGCACUGAGAAUGUUUGAAUGUUCGAGUGUUGAAAUUUAAGAAAAACUUGUGUUCUCGAUAAAACAAAGGCACCAAACAGAAAUGUGCAAAUGCUUUUGCUAGUUUAAAAGUGCAUAACAUUUAUAAAAUUAAGUGCAAAAUCAACACAGAUUAUUAAAAAUACAGAAAUUUAACAAUAUUUGACAUUGCAGUGCUGUUUUGGACAUUAC